AUGAAUUUUAAUACAAUUAAUAAUUUUGAAGGACAUGUUUUUGUUAAAGGAAUGUAUAAUGAAAAAAAUUGUAGAAAUGAUGAUAUUGGUAAGAAAAAUGCUUUUAUUGAGAUUCCAUUUGAUAUGUGUAAUGUAUUAAAAACAAGGUCAUUAAAUCCUAAGGGAAUUUUUAUAUCAACAACUAUUGUUAUAUCAUUUCAUUCUAAAUUUAUUACAAAAAUGGAUAAAGCAUAUAGAGUACAGUGUUUUUAUAUGGAAACUGAAAAAACUGUUACAGCAAAUAUUGAAGUUAGUGAUAUGACAACAAUUGUACAAAAUUAUGACUUACCAUUACCUGUAUGUAAAUAUGAAAUAUUAAAUGGUGGACCAUCUGGUGAGAUUGUUACUAUUUCAACAAUAGGAAACCUUGUAUAUCAUAAAUGGACUUGUGAAACAGAAAAUGUUGAUCUUUUUUGUAUGCUUAUUCAUUCAUGUUCUGUUGACGAUGGUAAUGGUAACAAAAUUGAAAUUAUUAAUAAAAAUGGUUGUUCAGUUGAUAAAACAUUAAUUAAUAAUAUUGAAUAUACAAGUGAUUUUGUUGGUGGACAAUUAUCAAAUGUUUAUAAAUAUGCAGAUCGUCCUCAAAUGUAUUAUCAAUGUCAAAUUUCUAUUAAUAUUAAAGAAUUAUAUCAAUCAUGUCCAAGACCUAAUUGUACAACUGAUAGUAAUUAUAUUCCACAAAUUGUUGAUAUUGUUACACAGGAAGACGAUGAAAAUAUUUUUAAUAGUACCAUAUUUAGUGAUCCUGAAAUGGAAGAAUCUAAAAUUUUUCAUAAACGUUCUUUAAUAAAUAAUGAUAAUACAUUAGAUGUUAGAACUGAAUUAACUACUGUUGAUAUUACUAAAGAGGAAAAAGAAAAAUUUUGUAAAUUAAAUGAUGACGAAAUUUAUACAAAUAAUAUAGAUUUUAUCAAGAUAAUAAGUGAUAAAAAUAUUGUAUGUUUUUCAACGACAUUUUUUUCAAUUCUUGGUGCUGGAAUGAUUAUAAAUUUUUUAGUAUUAGGUGUCAUACUAAUAUUUCUUAUAAAAAUUCGUUGUUAA